AUGGCUUCUCUAAGAUUUAUUUUAUGUUGUGUCUUAGUAAAUUGUGCAUGUGCCACAAUAGUUUCUCAUGAUGGUCGAGCCAUCACCAUUGAUGGUCAUCGCCGAGUCCUCCUUUCUGGUUCAAUCCAUUACCCUAGAAGCACUCCUGAGAUGUGGCCAGAUCUUAUUAAAAAGGGUAAGGAAGGUGGUCUUGAUGCGAUCGAAACUUAUGUUUUCUGGAAUGUGCAUGAGCCUACUCGCCGUCAAUAUGAUUUCUCUGGAAAACUAGAUCUUAUUCGAUUCCUAAAAACAAUUCAAGAUGAAGGACUGUAUGGUGUUCUUCGCAUAGGACCAUAUGCAUGUGCCGAGUGGAAUUACGGAUCGAUACAGAUUGAAAAUGAGUACGGAAAUAUAAUGGGACCCUAUGGAGAAGCGGGUAAAUCAUACAUUAAGUGGUGUGCAAACAUGGCUCAGGCUCUCGAUGUUGGUGUUCCAUGGAUAAUGUGUCAACAAAAUGAUGCCCCUCAGCCUAUGUUGAACACAUGUAAUGGCUUUUAUUGUGACAAUUUUACACCAAACAAUCCCAACACUCCAAAGAUGUGGACUGAGAAUUGGACCGGAUGGUUUAAGCAAUGGGGUGGUAAAAAUCCUCAUAGAACAACUGAAGAUGUUGCAUUUUCUGUUGCAAGAUUCUUCCAAAGAGGAGGAACUUUUAAUAAUUAUUACAUGUACCAUGGAGGCACCAACUUUGAUAGAACCGCAGGUGGUCCAUACAUCACAACUUCAUAUGAUUAUGAUGCUCCCCUAGACGAAUAUGGUAAUUUGAACCAACCAAAAUACGGUCAUUUGAAACAACUUCAUGAUGUUCUUCAUUCUAUGGAGAAAACUCUCACAUACGGAAACAUCUCCACCAUUGACUUUGGAAACUCCGCAUCGGCAACAAUUUAUACAACCCAAGAAGGAUCUAGCUGCUUUUUUGGAAACGGAAAUGAAAAUUCAGAUGCAGCAAUUAGUUUCAGAGGAGAAUCUUAUGUUGUCCCAGCUUGGUCUGUUACCAUUUUACCGGAUUGCAAAACAGAGGCUUAUAACACCGCCAAGAUUACCACUCAGACUUCAAUGAUGGUUAAGAAACCAAAUGAAGCUGAAGAGGACCCUUCAACUCUAAAAUGGUCAUGGAGACCAGAGAACAUGGACAAUUUCCUUUUGAGAGGAAAAGGAGAAUCUACAAACACACAACUCUUUGAUCAGAAAGUAGUAAGCAAUGACCAAAGUGAUUAUCUAUGGUAUAUGACUACCGUUAAGUUUAGAAAACGAGAUCCAUUUUUGGGUAAAAACAUGUCUCUCCGCGUCAAUAGUACUGCUCAUGUCCUUCGUGUUUUUGUCAAUGGAAAACAUAUUGGUAGUCAACACGCUGAAAAUGGAAAAUUUCACUAUAUUUUUGAGAAAGAUGCAAAGUUUAAGUCCGGACGUAAUGUCAUUUCUCUCCUUAGCAUAACUGUGGGACUUCAGAACUAUGGUGCUUUCUUCGAAAGUGUUCCAGUUGGAAUCACUGGACCGAUUUCAAUUAUUGGAAGAAAUGGUGAUGAAACCAUAGUUAAGGACUUGUCUUCUCAUAAAUGGAGCUAUAAAACCGGUUUAAAUGGGUUUGAGAACAAACUCUUUAAAACGGAAUCACCGUCUAAAUGGUCAUUCCAAAGUGUACCAUUGAACCGAACCAUGACUUGGUAUAAGACUACGUUCAAGGCUCCAUUGGGAAAUGAUCCAGUUGUUGUCGAUCUUUUGGGACUUGGAAAAGGUACAGCUUGGGUCAAUGGAAACAACAUUGGACGCUAUUGGCCGGCAUUCAUUUCAAGCUCUGAUGGUUGUUCUGCGAAAUGUAACUAUAGAGGGGCUUAUUAUGCGGAAAAGUGUCAGACCAAUUGUGGAGAACCUACACAAAGAUGGUACCAUGUUCCUCGUUCUUUCUUGAUCACAGAAGGAGAUAACACACUAGUUUUGUUUGAGGAGAUGGGAGGAAACCCAUCGCUUGUCAAUUUUCAAACUACUAUAGUGGGAAGUGUAUGUGCCAACGUCUAUGAGAAAAAUGUUAUUGAGCUUUCAUGCGAUAGGAAAACUAUUUCUGCCAUCAAAUUUGCCUCUUUUGGUAACCCAGAUGGAAAUUGUGGAUCUUUCUUUAAGGGAACCUGCGAAGGAAGUAAGAACGCUGUUGAUAUUCUAACAAAAGAAUGUGUCGGAAAAGAGAAGUGUUCCAUUGAUGUCACUGCAGAAAAGUUUGGAGUACCAGAUUGCAGUGGUGCUGCUAGAAGGCUCGCUAUUGAAGCUAUAUGUUAAGUGUUUUCUAGAUUUAUGGUGUUUUAUGGUAUUUCUAAAUUAUGUAGUACUUUUCAUUUUCAAAUAUUUAGUUCAAUUUACUCAUUACUGGCCUUGUGAACUUAUUCAAUAAAUGUACACAUUAUUCUUUUUCUCUUGGAAAAUCCAUGGUCAUCUUCUCAAUAAUCCCCAUUCUCUCUCGAAAAUAAGAUAAUUGUUCUCUUCAGUAUCUAUUGCUUUUCUCUUUUGUUUAUAUUUAUAUCUUUCUUAUCUACUACAUAUAUAUUCUCAUAUGAUUUUAUCUAAUCAUUAAUGAAUUCAAUGACAUUUUUAUUCUCUUGUAUAUCAAAUAUUUUUAAUGAACAUGCUUUUUUUUACCUCAAACGGCCAUUCUAUUACACAAACUUGAGGUAGUAUGGGUAACAAGACCGGAAUAGAACAACCAAUGAAAAGUAACUCCCUAUGGAUGGAUCUAGAAGUCUUAGCUAAAAAAUCUGAAAUUUGAUUACGCGCUCAUGGAACAUGAGUGAUGCAGAAAUCCGGGAAGCAUAUAUGUAGCGUCUCUAUCUUCUCCAAUUCUAUCGCAAAGCUUGGCCAAGGAUGAGGUUCCUCUAACAUUGAAAUCAGCUCCUUACAGUCCGUCACGAAGCUCUGGCAUGUUGAGUGUUGGAGCAUAUUCUCCAUUGCCCACCGCAGUGCUUCUACUUCCGAAUGCAAGGCUGAUUUCACGUCUAGUAAGAUUUCUUAUCCCUAUGAGCUGAGUAUUCCCC